AUGAUUAAGCCACGCGUCCAAGCGGACAGCCAAUGGAGCGCCCAGGCGCGUACACACCCUUCGGUGACCGGGUGCGCACCUGAAUCUGGGGACGUGUCUUGCAGGAACUUGUGGGUGAGGGUGGUGCUUGUCCACUGGUCCCGGGCGCGGGAUGGGGAGCUCGACUUCGUGAUCUGGCUGGUUCUAGGGGGCGCCCCGGUGUUCGGCUUCUUCAAGGGCAUGUCCUUCCCCCUGGCCAGCAUCGCUGUCUACAACUCCGUGGUAUUUGGAGUCUUCAGUAACACGCAGAGGUUCCUCAGCCAGCAACAGUGCAGGGAGCCCAGGGCCGGCACGCCCCACAGCCUGUCGGACCUGCUGCUGGCCAGCAUGGUGGCCGGCGUGGUCUCCGUCGGGCUGGGCACGCCCGUGGACCUCAUCAAGAUCAGGCUGCAGAUGCAAACACAGCCAUUCCGGGAAGCCAACCUCGGUUUGAAGCCCCGGGCAGCAGUUCUUGGGGAGCGGUCAGCCUACCAGGGGCCUGUGCAUUGCAUCGCAACCAUCGUGCGGACUGAGGGCCUGGCGGGGCUGUACCGGGGAGGCAACGCCAUGCUGCUGAGGGACGUCCCAGGCUAUUGCCUCUACUUCAUCCCCUAUGUGCUCCUGAGUGACUGGAUCACACCUGAGGGCUGUGCAGGCCCUAGCCCCUGUGCCGUGUGGCUGGCAGGUGGCAUGGCAGGAGCAAUUUCUUGGGGGACAGCGACUCCUAUGGAUGUCGUGAAAAGUCGUCUCCAAGCUGACGGGGUUUAUUUAAACAAAUACAAAGGUGUCCUGGACUGUAUCUCCCAGAGUUACCAGAAGGACGGUCUUAAAGUGUUUUUCAGAGGCAUCACUGUGAAUGCGGUGCGGGGCUUCCCCAUGAGUGCGGCCAUGUUCCUUGGGUACGAGCUCUCACUGCAGGCGAUCCGAGGGAGCCACGCCGUGACCAGCCCCUGAGUGCCAGGGCCAGAGUCACCUGGCCAGGGUGUCACCUGACCAGGGUCUCACUCCGCUACAGGUUGCUGCUGACAGCGAUGUCUCCGGAACCCAC